AUGAAACAUGACGAUUCUUCAUCCAGCAGUUUACCAAAAGCUGUGGCUAGAUAUGAAACAAGCUUGUUUGAAGCGGCAUCUAACUGCAAGAAGAAUUACAACUUUGACUUUUUGGAUUUUUUGAAAAUAUCUACUAAGUCAAGCCAAUGCAUGCUUGGAAUCGAUGAAGCUGGGAGAGGUCCAGUCCUUGGCCCUAUGGUUUAUUCAUGUGCUCUAUCGCCAAUCAAUCGGCUGAAUGAACUAAAAACUAUUGGACUUGCUGAUUCGAAGGCAUUAAGUGAAAAACAACGUGAGAAACUUCUCGAAGAGAUGUUGAGUAAAUGUGAUUGGAUCUCUGCAAUUGUCCAUGUAAUUAGUCCUGUAUACAUUACAGAGAAAAUGUUAGACAAGUCGAAAACUAGUUUAAAUGUUAUAUCUCAGGAUUCAGCCAUACAACUCAUUCAAUCAGUUCUUGACAGCGGGAUAAAUUUGGUUGAGGUAAAAAAAUAUGAUUCACAUUAUCCUGUUACCAAAAGUUAUCUACGUGCAUGUAUGGACCCAGUUUUUGGUUUCCCAUCUCUUGUACGAUCUAGUUGGUCAACCGCAUCUUCUCUAUUAGAUCAGCAUGGUGUAUCUGUUAAAUGGGAAGACGAUGAAACACAUGAAGAAGUGAUUCAAGCUAAAAAACUUGCACGUAAACGUGAACAUUCUAAAGGUACUUGUAAAUUAUCCAACUUCUUCAAUAAUGCUCAAUCGAAACUGUCUACAUUUGAUGCAUUAAAAAGACAACCAUUUUUUGUACAAACUGGUCUUGUACACGUACAGACUAUCACAUAAAUUAUAUGAGAUAUGUAUUAUUCUACAACUUUCUGUGUUUAGAUGUUUCAUUAUAUUUCUCCUGAAUAAAAUCGAUCUCUUAGAUAAUCAGUUACAUUUUUCGACACAUUUCACAU